GCAGCGACCACGCUCGCUCGCUCGCUCUCUCUCUCGCUCGACCGCGCUGCUCUCUUGCAGCUGCUCUAUACAGACUGCGUACCUCCCUCUGACCGCAGAGCACCGCGCUGCCCUGUCCGAACAAAGUUCCGCCGCGCCGACACCACGGGGCCGGCGAUGGUUGGCCGGGGCCUGGGCCUGGGCCGGGGUCGAGGCGCAACGCUGCCCGCGCUGUUGAAAUCGCACGCCCUCGAUCUUUGUCGUUUCUCGCCCGCUCUUCAAGCCCCUGCCGCCUUCCGCCCACCGGUGUGGCAGCGGCUGCAGCAGCAGCAGCCCCUUACGUCGACGCUCCCCUUCGUCCCCCUGGCUGCUGCUGCUGCUGCAGAAGGAGGAGGAGGAGGAGGAGGAGGAAGGGGACGAGGGUUGGGGCGCAGCAGCGAGGCGAGCGACAUUAUCAGCGUCGUCGGGCGAGACGUGCCGGAGCGAGGACGGGGGCGAUUGCAGCAGGAGUGGUGGCGUGCGGGGGCCGUGGCGCCUUCGAUCUUGCUCGCGCGAGGAGGGGAUAGAAAUUUCGCCGGUAUGACCAUGGCAGCGAAUGUGGCUGCGGCCGGGUGCGGCAUGGGGGCGAGUCUCUCGUCGAUGUGCCUGGCGGCGGGGCCGAGAUCGACCAGGAGCGCUCUGCGUCGGAGCUUCGACUGCUCGCCGCUCCUGCUCUCUGCGGCGGGAGGGAGAUCGCUCGUGACGGAGGCCGGGAAGGUUGUCGGGCUUGCGCGAGGACGAUCGUCCUCGGUCGAGGGCGAGGUCGGAUUCUCGCGAUCGAAGGUCGGUAAGCUCUGCAGGGAUCGUCCCUCUGUGCUCGUGGGGGCCUCGGUUUCGGCUUCUUCUUCGUCCGCGUCUUCGGUUCCUGGGAUUUCUUACACCGAGCCUCUCAUCGAUGAAGGCGACGGUGGCAAUGGGUUCAGUGGCGGUCGAGGAGGAGGUGGCGGUGGUGGAGGCGGUGGUGGUGACAAUGGCCACGGGGGAUCCGAGAGCAGCGGAGCGGGCCAAGGCGGGAGCAGCAUCGGAGGUGGAGGAUUUCUGAGCGCCUUUUUGAACGGAUGGCGCUCGAGAGUGCAAGCCGAUCCGCAAUUUCCCUUCAAGGUUCUGACCGAGGAGGUGAUUGGAGUCGGUGCUUGUGUUUUGGGAGACAUGGCAUCCAGGCCGAAUUUCGGGCUGGAUGAGCUCGAUCUCGUUUUUUCGACCAUCGUCGUGGGUUCUAUUUUGAACUUCACCUUGAUGUACAUGCUCGCUCCCACUGCAGCCAUGGGAGCCGUCGCCUCGAAGCUUCCUGGGAUUUUUGCCAACUCUCCGACUGGUCACAUGUUCGAGGUGGGAGCCUACUCAAUGAAGGACAGGUUCGGCACAUUCGUCUACAAGGGCACUCAGUUCGCUGCGGUAGGAUUUCUCGCCGGUCUCGUGGGCACCUUCCUCUCCACCACUCUGCUGAACGCAAGAAAGAAGAUGGAUCCCGAUUUCGUAAUUCAGAACGCUUCUCCGCCGACGCUUCUGAAUGCAGCCACCUGGGCUCUUCACAUGGGAAUCAGCAGCAAUGCCAGGUACCAAUCCAUCAAUGGGCUCGAGUUUGCCAUGGCCAAAGCUCUGCCCGCCGGUGUGUUUAAGACGCUCGUGUUCGUGAUUCGCGGUCUGAACAAUGUCGUCGGAGGCACUUCGUUUGUGAUUCUGGCCCGAUUAACGGGCUCCCAACCGCGAGAGGGAACUCCAGUUCCGAAAGAGACCGCUGCCGAAGACAGCGCUCUGGAGCACGCCAAGACCAGCUAGGAGGGGCGAAAGCAGGAACUCGUCCAUAUCAAACCGUCUCGUGGCCGACGACGACCGAGUGGGAACUCGAUUCGGCCACUCGAAGCUCUGCUGUCUGCAGGGGAGUCGGGCACAUGACCGCAUCUGUUCGAGACGGGUGGAAGAUGGAGAAUUCGACGAUUCACCUGGUCGGGUUUGGCAGGCCGAAUGGAAGGGUUUUCUUCCAGCACGGCUUCUGGCCAAAAGUCUUGGAAUCCCAGCAGAAAUUGUUUGCAAAGUGGCUGUCAAUUUCCAGUGGCUGCAAUCGACGACGCAGCUGGGAGACUUGGUGCUGAUACGGAGUAUCAGUUUAGGUUUUGUAGAGGAGUCCUCAGAGACUCGAUGCCACUAGUGAGGUUUUAGGUUGAGCCGUAUAUGUUAGCCUCUAGUAUUCAAAAUUAUGCAAUAUAACCCUGCGGAGCCGCAGGCAGACCUGGAGAAGGUCGAUCUGGCUUCACAUUCCUUCACUACGAUACAUUGCUAGACAUCACUCAUUUCAGUCGGGAGUUUCUUCCGUCUGCAGCAGAAAUUUUUGUGCAGCGCGAAGGCGGCCCAGAGUGAUCUGUUAGCCGCAUCGAGUUCUUACCGGACAUCGAGAUCUGUAUGUAGAAGGCAUUCGAUUUUGUAGAUAGGCUGAAGUCCAACACACAUUUUAUCAAUACACUUCAAAACAUUGCCUUGGCACCUCUUGACCCUGUAGCUCUCUUGUUUCUCGUCCGAACCUGUGUUUGCUCUUCUUUGGCUGUACAUGAUACAUGAAUGGGAUUCUCGUCUCCUCGCUGCCGCAUCUUCGUCUGAUGUGUGCCGUCCGUAUUUCUUAUAACAAGUUGUGGUAACUUCAGCUGUCUUAGAUCAUUGUCUAUCUGGCAUGGUGUAAUUGCGGUCACGAGACCAUCAGUGGUAAUUAUUGUGGAACUUCACGUGGCUGGAAGGAAGAGUUUGCGACCGAAACUCCGAUUUGCGGGGAGCACAUUCCGUUAUAAAAGUAACUUCCAUGCACGGUUCAGCACUGCACGGUGGAUGGAAUCCGUUGGACGUGCACUGAGCACGCACACAAUUAUGGGAUGGACCUGCCUCAGAAUGUAUAAUAGAAAGUCGAAGGAAGCUGUUCCAUUACUAUGUCAUUUUAGUGGGAGAGAGUGUGAAAUGAUGAAUAAUAAAG